AGGCACUUCACAGACUUUGCCUCAAAUUGGAGCGAUAGCUGCUUUUAAUUAUUCAAAUUGAUUCAUCUAGUCACUCUCCUUCAGUGUCACCAUGAGUACUGGUUCGCGUUGCUCCGCGAAUAAGGAGAAUCAGGAGGUGGUACCGCAGAUCAAAGCCCAACUGGAGGUGCUGUUUUCGGACGAACAUUUGGCUGAAGAUGGCUUCCUCCUCAAGCAUAUCCAGAAGAACAAGGACAGAUUUGUGAAAAUCAAGCUCCUCACCUGCUUCAAGAAGAUAAAAGUCUUGACUGAUAACUGGUACAUGACCCUCGCAGCAGCUCUCCUCUCCCCUCUACUGGAGGUGAGCUCUGAGUCCACCAAAGUACGUCGCCUGCGUCCUUACCCUGAAUGGCUCCUCUGCUCCCCCACCAGCAAAAGCCUCCUUCUGUGGAACCUCCCCUCAGACUGGCUAACCCCAGCUCCCAGUAACCCCCAGAACCUCCACCCUGCCCCCACUUUACCCCAGAAUCUCCUGCACAAACUCAGCUCCUAUGGCACCAUCACCUCCCAUUGGUUACUACCUCCAGGUCAGGAGCUACCGAAAGAGCUUCAGUGCUAUGCCAAACACAGGAGGGAGCUUGGUGAGUGUUUGUGCGCUGUGGUGAAGUUUGACACCCUGGCUGCGAUUCGGAAAGCGUACGGCGAGCUGAGGGGGGCGGAGAAUGUGCCUGCUGUGAAAAACCUAAACAUUGUGACUUUGGGUUUCAGGUCUGCGUAUCUUAUAAACAAAGAGCAACAAAUACAGAACCAAGUGGAUGGGAGAGAACCAGUUGAGGUGGUUCCUGAAGUAAACGAAAUGGCUGAAAAUGUGGAGAAGCAAAAGAGACAAGAGGCAGUGGGUGAGGGGACACAUUCGGAGUCAGGACGUACAAAGGUGCUCGUAAAGGAGUGUCUGGAUGCUGGAGACUACGCCCAGGUGCCGUGCUUGUGGAGGAACAGAGUGGCUCGGCUCAAAAACCAUGUGAAAGUGAUACGUCAUCCAAGAGGCCCAGACGGUACCAAAGGGUUUCCUGAUAGAAGGAAGCCAUAUGCGUGA